CAGCCAGGCACGGCUCCAGCAACGACACCCGAGUACGGAGUACCCGACCCGCCUGCCUGCCUCCUGCCUGCCUGUGGUCGCCUGUAUCACAAGCUCCCAAAACCGCCGCGCACGCUGCCACCACCGGUACCCAACGAACAUGGCGGCGGCGCCGUCCUCCCUCGCCUCCUCGUCGCAUAUCCCCCGCCGCGCCACAGCCACGGCCCCAGCACAGUCGCACUCGCCUCCGUUGCCGCAGCAGCUCCGCCCCGCCAGGUCCUUCAAACGCGGGGCGCUCGCGCAGCACGUCCGGUACAGCUUUGCCGGCAGGGAGGCAUCGAGGCGGCGCACACCAGGUGCUUGCUUCGUGGUCUCAUCCAGCCAGCCAGGUUCCUUGUCACUUCAGUUGGCCUUGCUGCCAUCGAUGUGCCGGCAGCGACUAUUCCUGAUGCCACGACGACAAGCGUCACUGAGCGGACUUCGGUUUCAUCUCUUUUAGAGGUUGUAUCGGAGGACUUGCUCAGCCUUAACAACAAUCUGAAAUCGCUUGUUGGUGCAGAAAAUCCAGUUUUGGUUUCUGCAGCUGAACAAAUUUUUGGUGCUGGUGGAAAAAGAUUAAGGCCAGCAUUGGUUUUCCUGGUGUCUAGAGCAACUGCUGAAUUAGCUGGUUUGUCGGAGUUAACUGCAGAACAUCGACGGUUGGCAGAGAUAAUCGAGAUGAUUCACACUGCGAGUUUAAUACAUGAUGAUGUCAUAGAUGAUAGUGGGAUGAGAAGAGGGAAGGAAACUAUUCACCAACUAUAUGGUACACGUGUGGCUGUACUUGCUGGUGAUUUUAUGUUUGCACAAUCUUCUUGGUUUCUUGCAAACCUAGAAAAUAUUGAAGUUAUAAAAUUGAUCAGUCAGGUCAUCAAGGACUUUGCAAGCGGCGAGAUAAAACAAGCUUCCACUCUUUUUGAUUGUGACAUCACACUUGACGACUACCUUCUCAAGAGCUACUACAAGACUGCAUCUUUGAUUGCAGCCAGCACAAAAUCAGCUUCCAUAUUCAGUGGCGUCAGCACCACUAUUUGUGAAAAAAUGUAUGCAUAUGGCAGGAAUCUUGGUCUAUCCUUCCAGGUUGUCGAUGACAUCCUGGAUUUCACCCAGUCAGCCGAACAACUUGGCAAACCAGCAGCAAGUGACUUGGCAAAGGGAAACCUGACUGCUCCAGUCAUCUUCGCUUUGCAAAGUGAACCAGAGCUAAGGGAGAUCAUUGAUUCUGAGUUCAGUGACACGGAUUCGUUAGCUACUGCAAUAGAGCUCGUUCAUAGAAGUGGUGGGAUACGGAGGGCACAUGAGCUUGCAAGAGAGAAGGGUGACUUGGCAAUCCAAAAUCUGCAGUGCCUUCCAAGAAGUGACUUCAGAAGUGCCCUUGAGAAGAUGGUGGAAUACAAUCUUGAGAGGAUUGAGUAGUGGAUUUUACUUGAAUGCUCCAUCAGGUACAUAUCUCCAUUUGGGGUUUGGGGUAGUUCUCAUAUAGAUCUUUAUAUUCAGCCCCUUUGGGAAGAUACAUUUCACUGAAAAAUCAGAUGAAUCACACUAUUUCAUACAAAUUCUGGGGAUAGCCUUUGAGCAGGCCACUACUAUCAAGUUGAUUUUGUAACAGCUUGUGCAGAAUCAUAAGAAACCCUAGGACUUGACCGCAGCCCCUUGCGCCUACAUGUAUCCGAGCAUUCUACUUGGCAGUUCUUGUAAAUAAUAGAACCAUACAGUAACUUAGCAUUCUUUUUUGUUUUGCAAUCUGAGCAUGCUUACAAGCAACAAAGUGUGUGCUAUAUUUGUACGGAUCUACGUGCACCUAACAUCAUGCACUUGUACAAUUGCUUUGCACUAUUAUGUACUAUUUCCGAUUUAACAGUAAUACGGAUUUAACAGUAAUAAUACCGUUCAUUUUCUACAUAA